UCAAAAAUUGCCAAAAAUUAGGAAAUGAUUCAAUGAUUCCAUUUCGUUUUGAAAUUUUUAUAUGUUGUUGAUAUAUAAUUUAAUUUAAUUGCCAAAAAUUAGGAAAUGAUUCAAUGAUUCAAUGACAUUAACUGUUUUUUUACAGAAUUUAUAUAAUUUAUAAUUUAAUUAAUAAAUUUAAAAAUUAAUUUUUAAUUACAAAAAAAUAAAAAUUGAAAAAAAUUAAUGUGGUCGUAGGAAUGGAGCCAUCAAGGAGAGGGCAACCCCAAGAGCGUAAUAUUGGCUGGGAGCAUGGGAAGAUGCUCGGUGAACGUCACCAGUUUCAGUGCAAUUAUUGCCACAAGUGCUUCAAAGGAGGAGGAGUAACCAGAUUAAAGCAGCACUUAGCCGGUAAUUCUCGUGAGAUAUCUGCAUGCUCGGAGUGCCCACCGACGACCCGUCAGCUGAUGAGGAAAAACCUCGCUGAGAUCAAAGCAGCCAAGGAGAGGGCUGCCAAGCAGAAAGCGGAGGUGGAACGCCAAGCUGCAGAAGCACCUUCCUAUCACUUGAUGGAGUCACAGGAGGCCGAGGGUCCAGAUGAGGAGGAGGCACAGAUCCAGGCUGCCAUGCGGGCGAGUCUGGAUGAUCGAUGGCAGCAGGAGGAGGUGGCGAGGCAUCGGGCUCGAUUUGGGCCCUCGUUUUUUGAGUCGGGCGCCGGUUCUGGUGGAAGCAGACAAGAUCCAGAGUUUCAAAGGACAACAUCAGUCAGGGAGGGCGAGGGCAGAGGACGUAGCCGGAUUGCAUCUAUCCUGGGUGGUUUUGGUAGCCGAAAGAAGUCUUUCGGAGGGAUUCCACCAGGUGCGUCAAUCCAUGAUGUAGAUCCGCAUGCCUUCCCCAGAAGAGAUUCGAAGCAGCAAAGAGUAGACACAAUGUGGAAGAAGGAGAAGAAGAAGGAUAUGUGGCGAGCUAUUGGAUCCUGGUUCCACUUCAGCCACAUUCCAGCAAAUACUGCAGACAAUACAUACUACAAGUCUGCCAUUUCUGCCAUACAGACUGCCGGUCCCGGUAUUGAUCCUCCAGGUCCGAGGGACAUCUACGGUGAGCUUCUUGACAACAAUAAGGAAGAGCUAGAGAAUUGGAUUGGUUCAUAUAAAAGCAAGUGGCCCACAUAUGGGCUCACUCUGAUGUGUGAUGGUUGGACCGGUCCGACAAAGCGGGCCAUCAUCAACUUUCUGACAUACUGUGAUACGAAGACCUUCUUCCACAAGUCAGUUGAUGCUUCGGAUAAGGUACACAACGCCUCAUACAUCCUCAGACUUAUGGAGGAGGUGAUUGAUCAGAUUGGAGAGGAGAAUAUCGUGCAGGUCGUCACUGAUAACGGACCGCAAUAUAAGUUGGCCGGGCAGGUCUUGAUGGAGCGGCGACCACAAAUUUUCUGGACCCCAUGUGCUGCACAUUGCAUCGACCUCAUCCUGAUGGAUAUUGGAAAGAUCCGUAGGGUGCAACAUACGGUGGAGAUAGCCCAACGCAUCACCAGGUAUAUUUAUAGCCAUACUUGGGUUCUUUCAUUAAUGAGAAGGUAUGCAGGGGGAGAAAUUCUUAGACCAGGAGUCACACGGUUUGCUACGAAUUACAUUGCACUUGAUAGCCUUAUCGAGAAGAAAGGAGCCCUACGUCAGAUGUUUGUUAGUCCCGAGUGGCAGGAAAGUAGAUAUGCCCAGGCCGGCACUGAAGGAAGCAGGAUGGAAGACUUGGUAAGCAGGCAGUCAUUCUGGCAGCGGGCCAAUGCGAUAGUCAAGGCUAUCAAACCAUUAUAUGAAGUGCUGCGGGCCAUGGAUAGCGAGAGGUAUCCCCAGAUGGGCUUUUUGUAUCACAUGAUGGAGAAGGCAAAGGCUCAGAUCAUGGAGGCAGAUGUAGCCCAUGCCCAGGAGUACAUCGACAUCAUUGAGCGGCGGUGGGGAGCCCAAAUGGGUAGAGAUUUGCAUCUAGCAGGUAAGCGAUAAUAUUGAUAAUUAUACUGAUUGAUAUAUUUGUAUAGUUAUACUAAGAUGGUGUCAUCUAUGUGCAGCAUACUAUCUGAAUCCCCGGUUUCAGUACGAGAGUGGAAUUGGUAUGGAUGAUGAACUUCUUCAUGCUUUGCGUAAUGUUAUUUAUAAGAUGGAGCCUGAUCCAGAAGUCGCCGCGUUAUGUAUAGAAGAGACCAAAUUAUUUAGAGAGGGUAGCCACAGCUUUGGACAACGACCAGCUGUCGUGAGCAAGACAACUAUGAAUCCAGGUACAAUACAAAUCUGCAAGACAUUUUUGCAUCUGAAUUAUCUUCAACUAUGAGGCCAUCAUAUAUAUAAAAUGUAAUUAUCUUCAAUAUUUUUGCAGCUGAAUGGUGGAUUCAUUUUGGCGGAUCCGCAAAAAAUCUUAAGCGGAUAGCUAUCCGGAUUCUCUCCCAAACGGUCUCCUCGACUGGCUGUGAGCGCAACUGGUCCACCUUCGGCCUCAUCCACAGCAAACAAAGGAACCGUUUGACACAAAAGCGCCUCAACGACUUAGUUUAUGUGCACUACAAUCUACGGUUGAGGCUAAAAUGCAUUCAAGAGGAAGUGGAGCUCAAGUAUGCAGAUCCCAUCUAUAGAACUUUUACAGAUGAUGAUGAUAAUCCUAUGCUCGACUGGCUUGCGGCCCAGCAGCAGGAGCCCGAGCUUGAUGAGCCGGGAUCACCUCCACGACCAGCCAGUAUCAUAGCCACCGAGGCUAUGGUCGAUCCACAGCAAUGGGCUGAGCGCAACAUUCCACGCACUCCUACAGCUGAUAUGACGUGGCUAGAGGGGAGCCAGUCACCGCAUGACUGGUCCGAUGCUCCGGUUCAGAGAGAUGAUCCUCUCAUGCGAGGACGAGGACGAGGACGCUCUACUACCCAGUCGACUCGAUCAAGAGGGCGUCAAUCCCAACAAACAAGAAAAGGAAAGGAAAGGGCCCCAAUGGAGAGUGUCGAGGAGGAGACUUGGACCAGCAGCGAUGAAGAUUCUGGUGGUGAUGGAUCUACUAGCCAUGGAGGAAGUGGAGGACAGUAUGGUACUAGUUAUGAGACACAGCCGGAGGGAGGUUUUCGAUACACCGGUGAGUCUCAGUUUACACAUGCUACACAAGAUACGGACCACGGUAGGCCGUCUGAUAUAGGCCGGUCAGAUACCAUUGCAUAUCGAAGAAGAGCUCCUCGAGGUCGUUCAAGAGGCCAGGAUGCCGCUGCAGAUGACCUUCCAUAUGGAGUCGAAUCCAUUGAUGUAUCAAGUUCCGAGUCUUCCUAUUAUCCGCGGCCUCAGCCAGCCUAUGGAUAUGGUGCAUCAGAGUCAUCUUCCGGUAGCUACUAUCCUGCGCAGCCCGGAGGAUCUUACGGAUCGGAUUUUAGUGCCGGCAUAUUCGGAUGGGCCCCUUAUCAAGACACCUCUCAGAGCCAGAGCUUCAGCGAGAGAUCCGAGAGUUCUUAUGAUCCAACGCGCAUUCCUCGAGGAUUGAGCAUACAAGACUACAAUGCUGCUUGGUUAGAGGGAUGGGUUGAUCUGCCUCCAUAUUAUGCUGAUGAUCCAGAUAUUGACGAGAAGCAUCGCCAUUCGACCCGAUUUUAGAUAUUCGAGAGUGAUUUAAACGUAUGUAAUUGAUUGCAU